AUAAAGUUGACCGACCCUUCCACUCCCCAGAUAACCAACAUGGUGACUGUUAAAUCCUGGACAUCACGACCGCUUGGGAAUACAAUGGCUGGCACAAGCAGCAUGAAGCCAUUUCGGUCUUGGUGGAAGAAAGCAGCGGCAGGUUCGUCUCAACGGUCUCUCCAUCGCACCAUUGCCAACUUGUUUGCACCGCGUCGUUGACGACGACAACAACAAUCCCGCCUUGGCACUGCUGUCACCAAACAGAUCUGUCUGUUGGAGGUGGUCAAGUUUUAGCAACAGAACAAGCAAGGGCCAACUCAACUCAACUCAACUCAACUCAAUCAAGAAGUUAGUCCAGAUUAGACAACCCAGCAAAGAUCAUCUUCGUCUUCUCUUGGUGCACCUGGAUCAUUACUGAGUCACGAGUUGAGUCGUUCCGUUUGACCAGAACUACCAGUUCGAUUGACACUACCACCUUGGAUCAAUCAGUGUGCUUCUAUUAAGCUAAGAAGACCCAACAGAAGCUAUUAGUACCCCCACGAUAAUCCACACCUCAUCCUGAACACACAGAGAGAUAGAUAGAUAGAUAGAGAGAGAAGGGGAUAAGAGACCUCUCUGGAACAAUCUGCAUUCAGCCUAGCCUCAGUACAGGUACACUUCUACCGCUUGGUGCUUGUAUUAGCACGGUACAUACCUACCAUUAAAUUUCUACGAGUUAAUCAAUCAAUCAAUCAAUCAAGAUGAGCAGCGAGACGGCCAACAACGGACGAAAGUCCGAGUCUGGCAUGACGGGUAUCACGGAUCCUCGCGACACGGACGUCUUGUGUGGUCGCGGAGGAGCAGCCCUUCGCCACCCGGGGAAUCAGACGUACCGUCGGUUGGUGAAUCUGAACAAGGGUCUCUACAUUACCUGUCUCAAGACGGAGAAACUCAAGAUCAGUCGCUCCAUUGUGGCCGCCAUUCGAGAACAAAAUGGACGCUUCCUGGAAAAGGACGCCGGCAAAGCCUCGUGGUUCGACAUUGGAGACAAAAAGGCCAUUGAGAAAACAUCACAAGCUCUCAGAGAGGGACAACCCAAAUUAAGACAGAAAAUUGUCGAAAUGGGAGGUGGAGCCGCAGGCACAGCGGCGCUCAUGGAACAGCAGUUUGGGGCCAAUGGAAUCUACGCACAAUCGGCCGUACAACAACAACUCCAACAACAACAGAUGCGCGCCACUGGAGCAUUUGAUCCCACCAAUUUUGCACAACAAUUGGGGGCAGGAGGUCAAAUGGGGGCCGCAGCCAUGGCCAUGAUGAAUCCACCCCAUCACUCCAUGGCUACCGCCCUAAGACAACAACAACACCAUCAGCAGCAUCAACAGUUUAGACAACAGCACCAAAUGCAACAACAACAACAACAACACAUGAAUCAACAUCAGCAUCAUCAUCACCCGGGAGCUGCUAGAAUGCAUCACGACAUGCCGCCCCCGCAAGCACGUCAAGCACUUCACAGCGAAAUGAUGCGUCUGAGCAUGCACGGUGACGACGAGGCACAACCACAACAGACCGGAUCAUCACAACAGCCACCACAAACCAGCAGCAGCUCGUCCAACAACAACAGCAACGGUGCCGAUCACAUGCCAUUACGACCUUCCCUCGUCAAACGAGGAUCUGCAGCGGCUAAUGAACUAGGAAUGGGACCCAGCAGCACCAGUCUCAUGUCCGAAUUCUCCAUGUUUGGUAACAGUGCUCACAAUGGAUCCACCUAUAGUGCCAUUGGGAGUAUCAACUCCAGUAGUCGAGGCGGAGGAGGACCCGGUGGUGACCCCUACAAUCCCAACCCUUACCAGCAAUCCGGUAUGGAUCGAAGAAACAUGUUUGCCAAGAUGAAGUACUCGCGACCUUCAUCCGAUCGCAUGUCCUCGGGACGCGCAAUGGGUGGUGCUUCGGCACACUCCAUAGGCGAUGGCAUGCCGGACUUUCACAUGGUCGAGAGUCAGCUAUCCCUCUACUCCAACUUGUCUGGCAUGACGGGAACCGAUUCCAAAACCAAGUCGCUCGGGGAUACCAGUGGUGACAAGAAGCCCGCAGGGUCGGACAUGUUGGGGGGUGCCGGUAGUCGUCAUUCCAUCAUGAGCGGGCUGUCACGAAUCUCCGAUACCAGCGAAGUACAUUCCAUCUUUUCCGAUCUAUCACGAAAGAUUGGAAACGUAUCCACUCGAUCGAUUGCCAUGAGCGAAAUAUCCGGUAUAGAUGCCUAUCGUGGGGGAGAAGAUUCCGAUUCCACGCCGUCCUUUGGAGAAGCCGAUGCCAGAGUUGCUCCUUCGGGAACCAUGGAUUUUGAUGUUUUUUAGUACAGUAUUAUUAUUAAAACAGUAGCAACCAUUACUUUUUC